AUGUCCGAACCUAUUGAAAAUACCCCAGCGUUUGUGCCAGCAGAGCAGGCUAAGCGAGCGGACAUGAUGCUGUCUGCCGAAGUGGUGUACAAAGUGAUCGAGAAGUGGUGCGAGAAGCAUGGACUUCCUCUUUCGUCUAGCGUCCAUGCACCCACCGGCGGCGCUGAUGGUGCGCCUGAGGAAUCGCCUGGUCCCAUCGCCGACGAGGCUCCGGGGAAGUUCACUUCCACCGUACUGGACCCUAAGCUCCUUGAAAUUUGGCGUCGUAAGCUUGCUCACGACACCGAAAUGUCCCAGACCGAGUCUUCGGAUGUGAAGUCUGGUGUUGCCGACACCACCGGCAUCGGUGGCACCGACAACACCAUGGCCGCUGCCUCCGCUGCUGCCCUGGCUGAUGGUCCCGCCGCUACUCCAGCUGCUGUUUCCGCUGAUGCUCCUGCUGAUGCUCCUGCUGAUGCUCCUGCUGAUGCUCCUGUUGAUGCUCCUACUGUUGCUCCGGCUGCUGUUUCCGCUGCUCCGGCCGAUGUUCCCGCCGCUACUCCGAUUGAUGGUCCUGCCACUGUCUCGGCUGCUGUUUCUCGCUCUGAUGGAGCUGUCGGCCUCUCGUCGCCUGACACUUUCAUGGCGCAGUGGCGUGCCCUGCGUGCCCAGCGCAUCGGCACCGCGUGGCCCGAGUCCAAGCGCCAGAUCAUCAUCAGGGGCUUGCCGAAUGAGGCGACCAUGUCCGACGUUUUCUGUCUUGUCCACGGCGGUGCUGUCGAGCGUGCCUGGACCGAGGUCCCCGGCGAGAUGGGCGAGGUGACCGUUCAAUUCUGCAAGGAAAUCGACUGCCAGAACUACUUCAACAAGUACUCGCAGGGCAUCCAUGUUUCCAACGGUCUCUACGACGCCGACAUCACCAUCGAAAUGACCGACGUUCUGACCUACGAGAAGGAAGGUUCGCGUGUCAUUCGUGUUCUCAACGUCCCCCGCCGAGUCUCUCUCGACGCCAUUGACAAGAUCAUCCACAUGAAUGUUCCGGAGAUUGACCACCUCGAGUACCGCCGGUCGACCGAAAAGCCUGGCACUCUCUGGAUAUUCUUCUGCGGCAUCGUCGACGCUGAAAACUUUAUGCACCGACUCGCUGUGGAGGACGGAUGGGGUGGCUGCAUCGCCACGAAGGCGCAAGACCCCUGCGAAUUCUCCCAGGGCUUUCACACCAACAGCCUUUACAACGGCAUGGUGAACUCCGUUGCCAACGAAGUUUGA